AAAUAGGGGCGUUUGUCGAGACAGCAAACUACUAUUCGAAGCAAGUACUCGUACAUGCAGCUGCAUGAGACGAGACGAGGGUGGGAGGGUGAACCACUCCGGCCCAAAAUUCUGGCCCAACACCCACCCCCUUUGUGCUCAAACUGUAUCCAGUCUUUUGUUUCCUGCUCAGCUCGAUGCCCCCAGAAAUACGGAAGAGCACAUCGGGACCCCACGGCACAGAUCGAGAUUAAAACUCUUCCUCCCGUCCUGCUCUUUCAUCUUGCUCUUGAUCAGUUGCUGCCCUGGGCUUUUUCUUCUCUCGUUUCGCCCACAAAUACCAGCGGCCCACAAUCGACAGGCCGAGCAUCGUUUGUGCUCUCUUCUCAUCGCGAGCUCUUCAAGUCAUCCUCAAAGGUUUCUCGCCACGAUGGGCUCUGAGCUGGGCCUCACGGCUGAUUCGAAGCCCGCAGCCAGGCUCAACGGGAUCGGCAUAUGGUGGAUUUGCUGGACUACAGGAUGGACGUUGCUGCUGCUCUGGGGCAUGGGCUUUCUCAUCUACCAGCGCCGUAUGCCGAUGCUGAGGAUAAGAGGGAUCGGGCUAUCGCUGUCUGCCAUCUCUCUGCUCCACCUCUAUUGGAUAUCCGUGCAACUGGGAUAUGUCCUGGGGCCUCUAUAUCCUGGAGACACGCAAUAUUGGAUCAUGGGCACAUACUUGCCUCUGGGUAUUGGCCUGUUCCACGCUUCAAACACCCGCUUUCUCCACGUUGCACAACGACAGAAGCAAUACAUUGACCGUGCUGAUAUUCUCAACGCUUCAGCUGCGGCGAAGCUCAGCAACAAUGGUGAUAUUCUGAGCAGAUUUCGAAGACUCGAUCACACCACCAAGGUAGUCAUUCUAGUCGGCUCUGGAAUGUUCUUCCAGCUAUUCAUGGCAGUCUUCAUGUUUCUCAUCUCCCGCAAAUGGCAUAGUUCAUGGGGCAUCCCAGGCACCGAGGUUUCUGGCACCGAGAUGGAGCAAAAGGUCCAGAUGGGCCGAGGAUGGGAAUGGUGGCCGUCUGUCUUGUGGCUGUUCUUCUGGGCCUGGAUUGUUGCGCCAUUCACGUUGUGGCGUGCACGAGAUAUUCGUGACACUCAAGGAUGGCGCACUCAAACCAUUUGGUGUGCGAUAUCCGGGCUUCAAGCAGCACCCAUGUGGCUCAUUGCCCUCUAUGUCCCCGGGAUGGAAGCGAUUAAUCACCAGUGGAUUCCUCCUCAGUGGAUUGCCCUCUCCAUAUGGUUAAUGGAAAUAUUCACCGUCUUCCUCCCAUGCUGGGAAGUGUUGUGCCAUCAAAGCCUCUGCCAAGAGACGCUAAACACAAUUGAGCAGUGGGAGAAUAACAAGACAGGCCUCGGCAAGGCCAUCAGAUCUUUCAAGUCUAAAUCGACAAUCAUCGACUCCAUCAAGACAGGAUGGAGGUCGACCAACAGUUCGAUCAAAACGUCUUCCGUCGAGUCGAUUCUGACGCUGAGUGCUCUCGAAUACGUGCUGGAGAGGAAUCCCGAGCCUCUACAACAAUUCUCAGCCCUACGAGACUUUUCCGGCGAGAACAUUGCGUUUUUAACAAGCGUAGGAGAGUGGAAGUCAUCGUUUCCCGCUUCGGUCCGUAGCCGCAGCGGAGUUGUGUCUGAAGACACAAAGCGGGAGCUUGUCCGAGAGCGAUUCAACCGCGCGCUUCGGAUCUAUACUGAGUACAUCAGCGCUAGCGACGCGGCAUUUCCCAUCAAUAUCUCUUCAGUACAGUUGAAGAAACUCGAGUCCAUCUUUGAGGGGCCCGCGCGAUGCAUGUAUGGCGAGAAGCAAGCCGUCAAUCCUGCAACUCUCUUCAACUACCCCGAAUGGAACAAGGCCGCCUCUGUCGCUUCAUGCUGCGAGGCUUCCAAGUCGGUUUCUGAGAAAGACAGUGUUUCAGGCGACUGCGUUCAAUAUUGGGGUGAUAUUCCGGAAGACUUCGACCACGGCGUUUUUGAUGACGCUGAGAAGAGCAUAAAGUACCUGGUUUUAACAAACACCUGGCCCAAGUUUGUUCGCGAUCGCCGAGAUUCCAUGGAAUCCUUCGAGAACGCCGGGAGCACCGAAACCGGCGGCUCCAUGUGCUUUCCUCGCCCAAGUAAGCAGUAGGUAAUCGGGUAGACUAAAUUAUUCUUAAUUAGUUUGAGGCGUUUUGCGGCGGAGGGAAACGGACUUGCGGGGAAUACCAUCAAAAAAAAAAAAAAAUCCAUACUCUUCCA